AUGGGCAUUCUUGAGGAUCUCAACCUUCCUGCCGGCGUUAUCUAUGGUGAUGAUGUGCUGAAGCUGUUCACCUACGCUCGCGAGAAGGGCUUCGCCAUCCCGGCUUGCAAUGUCACGUCCAGCAGCACCGUCGUUGCUGCUCUGGAGGCUGCCCGCGACGCCAAGGCCCCCAUCAUCCUGCAGACAAGCCAGGGUGGUGCCGCCUACUUCGCCGGCAAGGGCAUCAAGAAUAGUGCUGAGAAGCAGGAGGCGUCCGUUGCUGGCGCCAUCGCUGCUGCCCACUAUAUCCGCUCUAUUGCCCCUCUCUAUGGCAUCCCCGUCGUUCUCCACACGGACCACUGCGCCAAGAAGCUCCUGCCCUGGCUGGAUGGCAUGCUUGACGAGGAUGAGCGCUUCUUUAAGCAGAACGGCAUUCCUCUCUUCUCUUCUCACAUGAUUGACCUGGAGCCCGUCGAUGAGAAUAUUGAGACUUGCGUUAAGUAUCUCAAGCGCAUGGCUCCCAUGAAGCAGUGGCUCGAGAUGGAAAUUGGCAUCACCGGUGGUGAGGAGGACGGCGUAGACAACACUGGCGUUGACAAUGCUGCUCUCUACACUCAGCCUGAGGAUAUCUGGAAGAUCAACGUUCACGGCGUCUAUGCCCCUGGAAACGUCCGUCUGCACCCUGAGCUGCUGAGCAAGCACCAGGCUUAUGUCGCCGAGAAGCUCGGCACUGACAACAAGAAGCCUGUCUUCUUCGUCUUCCACGGUGGCUCUGGCUCCAGCAAGGAGGAGUACCUUGAGGCCAUUAGCGUCAACGUUGACACCGAUCUGCAGUGGGCUUACCUCUGCGGUGUUCGCGACUACAUCCUCAAGAACAUCGAGUACCUCAAGACCCAGGUCGGCAACCCUGAGGGUCCCAACAAGCCCAACAAGAAGAAGUACGACCCGAGAGUCUGGGUUCGCGAGGGCGAGAAGACAAUGUCGGCGAAGGUUGGGUCGCUUCUGCAGGACUUCAAGACUGCUGGCACUCUGUAA